AUGGCGGCGUUCCUAGUGCCCCAGCAGGCAAUUCCCAGGACCGCUCCCAGGAUCACCUCCAAGGCCAUCUUCAGGAUGCAGGAUCACCUUCAAGACCACUCCGAGGGCCACUUCCACCACUACCACCAGGACUGCCUCCAGGCCGACGUCAAGGACCCUGUGCAACUUCAGGUGCAGCAGGACCUCCAGGCCCAUCGAACCCUUGGGGAAAAUAGCUGUGCAAAUCUGACUUCGAGUUCAGAGGUGUUACAGAACCCGGGCCUUAAGAGUCGGCCGACGAUCCCUAUAGCUGGGAGACAACAUUUGAUUGUGAUACUGGUCCAAAUUGUGAAGGCAUCACGAGAAGAGCUGAACGAUGGUGUGUUGACAGACAUGAGCGUCCAACCUGUGACCAUGGCUGAAGCUGCCUUCAUGAGCGCUGUUAUCGACACUCCAGGGUACCUACAGAACGCCCGUCUUUCCGUCACCCUCGGCUUGGGCGCUUGGGCGUGGUAUCGUGGCCCGUGA